AUGAAUUCGUCGAGUAGCAAUUACAACAACAAGGCUGAUGCUCUCCACAAUCAGCAAUGUGAAAGUCGGAGAGACUAUUUUUCAAAAGUAUCUUGUUGUAAAGCCACGAGUUUAUUGAAUAAUGUUGCAGCUUUACAUACUGGUGUAAAGACCAGUGAUCCCAAGGACACACUUGUUGAAGAUUUUCAAUCCAAGAAUCAAUCUACUUCCGAUAAUCCUCCACCCACAAAGCCGAAUGAACAAGUUUCAUCAAAAACAGGCGACAUUACACAAGAAUCUCCUUCUUCAGAGCACAAUAUGCCUCUCUCACCAUUCAAAACAUUUGUGAAACGAUCAUCCAUGAUUCUUUCAAAACCAAAUAUUGUACUUAAUAAGAACGUCUUUCCGACGCUCGCUUCAUCUGAAAAAAGCUGUCAAGUUUAUGGCUCACUCUCUAGAAGUGCAAAAGAAAGUACAGAAAAUUUCUAA